UUGUAGAGAUCAUCGCUGGAUCCAGGCGGUUGUGUCGAUCUCCGCUCCAAUUGGAGACAGGGGCCAAACCAUGGCGGAGAAGGCUCAAAAGAGUGUGAAGAUUGCUCCUGGAGCAGUUGUGUGUGUAGAAAGUGAAAUCCGGGGUGAUGUAACUAUAGGACCUAGGACAGUGAUCCACCCUAAAGCGAGGAUUAUUGCCGAAGCCGGGCCGAUAGUGAUUGGUGAAGGUAACCUCAUAGAAGAACAGGCGCUUAUCAUAAAUGCUCACCCUGAUAAUAUCACCCCUGAUGCUGAAGAUCCAGAACCGAAACCUAUGAUCAUUGGCACCAAUAAUGUGUUUGAAGUUGGCUGUUAUUCCCAAGCCAUGAAAAUGGGAGAUAAUAAUGUUAUUGAAUCAAAAGCAUAUGUGGGCAAAAACGUAAUAUUGACAAGUGGUUGCAUCAUUGGGGCUUGCUGCAACCUGAAUACGUUUGAAGUCAUCCCUGAGAAUACAGUGAUCUAUGGUGCAGACUGCCUUCGUCGGGUGCAGACUGAGCGACCACAGCCCCAGACACUGCAGCUGGAUUUCCUGAUGAAAAUCUUGCCAAACUACCACCACCUAAAGAAGACUAUGAAAGGAAACUCAACUCCAGUUAAGAACUAAGAACAAUACAUGACAUCAAGAUAACAGUUUGUCUUUGACCACUGUCUUUUGAAAGGGCCAGUGUUCAUGCACUCUUAGCAGUUCCCAGAAUAACACAUGUUGAGUUUAUUUUGUAAAAUUGAGUGAGAGAGGAAGGUAAUGGAUUUUCACUGUAACUGUCCUCUAUAAUUUAUAUAAAAUGCAUUAUUUUCCUAUAUCCUUGCUCCUUUUCUGAGAAUUUACAGGUUUGGUUUAUUUUUCUUUUGUCAUAUAAAAUGCUGGCCAUGGAUUUUAGUUGUAUAAAAGAUUCCCCGUGAUAAGAAAGGACAUAUUGUUAUGUAUUUAUAUUCUAGCAUAUAUUGUACUAAAUAAAAAUGCUAAUGACAGGACUUUAGUGAACAUACUUUAGUCGAUUUUUCUACUUGUGUUAACUUUCCCAAAAUAGAUCUUUUCAUUUUUAUUGCAUACUAGCUAUAUUAAAACUAAUGUGUUUAUCUUCUC